CACUUGACAUAAUUUAUUCAAGGCGAAAUGGCGUCGGGCGAUCAUAAAGAAAGUUCAGACGACUUUCACGCAUUCUUUCAUCAUCUAACGAAUACUAUGCAUUUAACAGAAAAUAUUCUGAAAUAUUUAAAUGCGAUGGAACUUAAUCGAUGUUCUAGGGUUUGUGCUUUCUGGGCAAAGAUUGUGAAAAAGUUGAAAAGUAAGCGAAAAACACGGUCUUGGACAUGUUUUAGCCUUUCUGCAGGUGAUGAAGAUUUUACAUCUAUAACACAGGGAACUCAACAGUUCCUGCAGGAACAGUACACAGAACCCGAUGUUGUGUUUAUGAUAUGUGAAUCAGAUCUGUUGUUGGAAAAAAUUACUAUCCCGGCGCUGACCAGAAGUGGACGUGCUUGUCGCGGGACACAGAGCUAUCAAGAUUUUGUUCGCUCAUUGUUACCACAGUCAUGCAGUUUAUUUGGCAUAGAAUCUGGUGGAGUCGUUGGGACAACUACUAAUUGUAGACAGAGUAUUGAAGCUGAAAAUGAUUCAAGGGGUGUUUCUUUCCUGUGCUUGCCAAAGUAUGAUGGAGUAGACAUUAAAAUAAGUGAUGACAUUAGCGAAAAUGACAGUGAUGCCAAAUUACAGCAGUAUAUUAACAGUUUAUCAGAACCAGGGAACCCAGAUUUUAAAGUGAUACUCAACUUGAUUGCUGAUUUUCAAACACCGAGGAAAUAUGGUUUUGAUUUGAUGAAGGCAGUGCCAGGAGCCCUUGUUGCUGGGGCCUAUGUCGAGGGUGUUUUCACUCGAAAUUGUGAUAGCUACCCAUUGAUACAACUUGCAGCUAUAGGAGGUGAUAGAGUUCAGAUUGCAUCUGCAAUAAUAAACGAAACUAUUGACGAUGCAGCUGGUGCAGAGGAAUGCAUUAAAAAAUUAAAAUCACAUAGUUUACCGGAAGAAAACAGUUUUGCCUUCAUGUUUGCCUGUUUAGGAAGGGGCGAAGGAUUGUACGAUGAACCAAACGUGGAAUCGUCAAUUUUUAGAAGAUAUUUUCCAAGUACUCCAUUAAUAGGUUUGUUUGGAAAUGGGGAAAUUGGAUUUGAAUUGGUUAACAAAGGAUCUUAUGCUCAAAAUGACGAAAAGCAGAAAUCUUCAAAGACUUUGUAUCAUUCAUAUACAACUGUACUCGUUUUGGUAUCUAUAACCUGAUCUACGAUACAAUGAACUGUAUUUGCUACUCUGUCUUCAGAUGUUCCCCACAAAAGCAAUAUACCAGUAGCAGUAGUAAACAUCUGUCUAUGUCUGGAUAACCUUUUGCAUGUGUUCCCAGCACUUCCUUGUGAACUUUGACAAACUUUCACAAAUGAAUUAUCAUCACAAAAGACUUGUUGUGCUUGUGACCUUGACCUUUCACAAACCGACCUCCAAAAUCAAAUAAGUAAUCUAUUGGCCACAAAGAAUCAUCCUGAAAUGUGUAGGUUGUAGGUGCAAGAAUGCUAUUAAUUGUACCAUUUGUAAUUCAGAUCAAUAGAGGUCAUCUUUUGACCAUAGGUAAUCAUCACAUGAAGUUUGAUGACCCUAGAACCAAAUGUUUUACACUAAUUAAACAGAGAGCAUUUUCAGUCUCCAGGUUUAUAUGACCCUAAAAACUGUAUGGGUCAUCUGUUGAUCAAUAACACACAGCCUAUGAAGUUUGGAGGCAGUGUUACGAAUGGAAAUAAUUUCUUCCCUGAAGUCACUGUGACCUGACCAUUGACAUAUUAACCUCAAAAAAUGAGGCAUCAUUUGCAGAUUACUGGCAUUGUACUAUGAAGUUUGAUAUAAAUUCAAAUCUACUAUUUUAGCUGAAGUUUAGACUUUAAGUAUUUUGUGUACCAUAUAAAAGAUCAUACGUAAAAACAAAAAAUAAACUCUUUAACAUUUACCUUGAAAAUUGACAUUUAAUUAUGCCCCCCUUCGAAGAAGGAGGGGUAUAUUGUUUUGCAGAUGUCGGUCGGUAGGUCUGUCGGUCAGUCGGAAUGUAGACCAAUCCGUUUCUGGAUGAUAACUCAAGAACGCUUGGGCCUAGGAUCAUGAAAGUUGAUAGGGAGGUUGAUCAUCACCAGCAGAUGACCCCUAUUGAUUUUGAGGUCUGUAUGUCAAAGGUCAAGGUCACAGUGACCCUGAAUAGUAAAACGGUUUCCGGAUGAUAACUCAAGAACACUUGAGCCUAGGAUCAUGAAAGUUGAUAGGGAGGUUGGUAAUGACCAGCAGAUGACCCCUAUUGAUUUUGAGGUCAGUAUGUUAAAGGUCAAGGUCACAGUGACCCUGCACAGUAAAACGGUUUCCGGAUGAUAACUCAAGAACGCUUAGGCCUAGUGUCACGGAAGUUGAUAGGGAGGUUGGUCAUCACCAGCAGAUGACCCCUAUUGAUUUUGAGGUCAGUAUUUCAAAGGUCAAGGUCACAGUGACCAGGAACAGUAAAAUGGUUUCCAGGCAAUAACUCUAGAACACUUGGGCCUAGUGUCAGGAAAAUUGAUAGUUAGGUUGGCCAUGACCAGCAGAUGACCCCUAUUGAUUUUGAGGUCAUUAGGUCAAAGGUCAAGGUCACAUUGGCCAGGAACAGUUAAAACGGUUUCUGAUCUUCUUGUCCAAAACCAUAGGGCCUAGGGCUUUGAUAUUUGGUAUGUAGCAAAAUCUAGUGGUCCUCUACCAAGAUUGUUCAGAUUAUUUCCCUGGGGUCAAAUAUGGCCCCUGCCCGGGGUCACAUGAUUUAUAUAGACUUAUAUAGGAAAAAAAUUUGAAAAACCUCUUGUCCAAAACCACAGGGCCUAGGGCUUUGAUAUUAUGUAUAUGACAUCAUCUAGUGGUCCUCUACUCAAAUUGUUCAAAUUAUUCCCCUAGGGUCAAAUAUGGCUCCGCCCUGGGGGUCACAUGGUUUACAUAGACUUAUAUUGGAAAAAAGUUUGAAAAUCUUCUUGUCCAAACCACAAAGACUAUGGCGUUGAUAUUUUGUAAUGUAGCAUCAUUUAGUGGUUCUCUACCAAGUUUGUUCAAAUUAUCCCUCUAGGGUCAAAAAUGUUCCCGCCCCAGGGGUCAUAUGGUUCAUAUAGACUUAUAUAGGGAAAAACUUAGAACCUUCAUGUCCAUAAAUUGCAUCAUUCAAAUUUGGACCACAUGUAUAGUUUUGAGUGGCAAGAUGAACCUUGACAUGAGUUGACCUUGAUCUUGACCUAGUGACCUACUUUCACAUUUAUGAAGCUACAGCCUUCAGAUUUGGACCACAUGCAUAGGUUUGUGUACCGAAAAAAACUUUGACCUUGUUAUUGACCUAGUGACCUACUUUCACAUUUUUUAAGGUACAGCCUUCAAAUUUGGACCACAUGCAUAGUUUUGUGUUCCGAAAUAAAAUUUGACCUUGAUUUUGACCUAGUAACCUACUUUCACAUUUCUCAAGCUACAGCCUUCAAAUUUGAACCACAUGCAUAGUUUUGUGUACCGGAAUAAACUUUGAUUUUGAGAUUGACAUAGUGACCUACUUUCACAUUUCUGAAGCUACAGGCUUCAAAUUUGGACUGCAUGCAUAUUUUUGUGUUCUGAAUUGAAAUUUGACAUUGAUUUUUACCUGUUACCUAUUUCUCAAGCUACAGCCUUCAAAUUUGAAGCACAUGCAUAUUUCUGUCUACCGAAAUGAACUUUGACCUUGAAAUUGAUCUAGUGACCUGCUUUCACAUUUCUCAAGCCACAGCUUUCAAAUUUGGACCACAUACACAUUGUUUUGUACCGAAAUGAAAUUUGACAUUGAUUUUGACCUUGAGCUGGUCUUGAAAUUUGGAACAUUCAAAAAUGGCUCAGUGGAUGGCGCCAAGAUCACUCCGUAAUCUUGUUAGGUUAAAGGUCAAGGUCAGAUUAAACCAGAAUGGUAGAACUUCUGUUUACAGUGAGCAUAUAAUUUCUGUUCCUUGUGCAAUUACUGAAUGCAUCAAGGGGGGCAUUUCGUGUUCGACAAGCUCUUGUUGAAAUAAUAUAUCAGCAGUUAGUUAGUCAGUUAGUUCAUUGUUCCUUUUAAGGUGCAUUGAUAAAUACCAGGUAGAAUUACUUGUGUAAUUGAUUGAUCUCUAGCACUAUAUCUAGUACACUAUAUCAGUAUGCUCAAGUGUUCUUUAGUUGUUGAACUGAAACCAUUUUCAGUUCCAGGGUCACUGUGACCUUGACCUACUGACCAUUAAACUAAAUAGGGGUCAUCUACUGACCAGAGGUGAUUAUCCUAAAAGUAUGAAGGUGUAUGAAUUAUUUAGAUUUUUAUAAAACAUAAUGAUUACAAGAUUUUUUUAUUUACUUUACAAUCCUCCUUUGGUUACAGAUCAUCUUGAGUCAGUACAUGAUUAGUUCUGUUGCCAAUGAAAGUGUUUUCUCUCAAACUUUUACUUCAGCAAGAAAAUGUUCUUGUGAUGUAAAUAAUAAAAGCUGAUGUUACCAGGAGAACUUUGAAACAAUUUUAUUCACAAACUUUGUAACACAUGUAUUGAUGAUAACACUUUUUCAUUUGUAUUGUAUAAGGCUCACCAAACCUAUCCAUGUAAGUUAUACAAGCGAACUGCUUUCAUAUCAUGACACAGCUAUUGCCCAUGUAGUUUAUAGAAUUUAUUGCACUCUUUUGAAUGAAAGACAUGGUUUUUGGUUGGGUACAAUUAUUAUCAAAGUUAGGGACGAACUGUUUCUAGGGAAAAAUACAGAACAGCUGACAAUAAAGACUCCUUGGCUAGUAGCCUAGAGACUGCUUUGCUCAGAAGGGAGAGUGUAGAUCUAUGGAGUUUGAUAUCCUGGUGGGCUUGUGUUCUCAGUGAGAAUUUGAUUAAAGACACUGUGUCUGAAAUUAUUUGUCCUCCACCUGUGAUUCAUGUGAGGAAGUUGGCAUUUACUUGCAUAGAACAGGUUUGUUUUGGUACAGAAUCCAGGAACACUGGUUAGGUUAACUGUCAGUCAUUACGUAACUGAAAUUCUAUUGAAAAAUGGCCUUAAACCCAAAACAAAAAAAAGAACAAACAAAAAAAGAGACUAGGCGGAAGUGUAAGCUGUUAACAUAGUGUCUCUGUUGACAUGAGAGGCAUAUUUUGCUCUGUGAAGUUCAACCAAUCUGUUAGCACAUGUUUAAAGCAAGAUUUUGUAUAUAAAUGAUUUGGCCAAAAGCCUUGAGGCUGUUGGUAAAGUAUUUUAUAUCGAUUGUGAAAAGUCUCCAUGCAGAUGAUGUUGUUUUAAUGUGAGUUUAUUGAAUGUAUGAGGUACUAGUACUUGGUAUACUAGUUAUGUUUUGAUAAUAAAUCCAUUAAGAUCUAA